AUGUCAACCGGUCAAGAAAUCAAACUUCCUGGCUUCGGCCUUCCUAUAAGCUACGCUGGAACCCAUUUUCCAGUUGUCCUUGGCAGGGAAGAAGGAGACUGGAGAGCCAGUACUUUGACUAUUCGAGAAGUCUGCAUGAUCAAAGUCAUCGAGGACCUCACCAACAAACCCGAGUGGUGGAUCAAAGUCAAUCAUGAUGAAAUUGCUGCCAAGUGGAAGAAGGAGGCCAUGGAGAUGCCCUGGGGAGAGUAUCGGGUACACGGUGAUUUCACUCAGGCCAUGGCCGAUGCUUGCAUCAAAGAAUUGCGUAAAAAGGCAGAAAUCUACCAAAAGACUGGCCUCAUUCCUGUCAUGGAUUACGCUUCUGCUGCCAUUAAAUCAGACAAUUUGGUCUCUAAAGAUCUCCGAGAUGCCCUCAUAGCUGCCGUUUCCCCCCUGGAGAAUGUCCCCGAGGAGCACAAGGACUGGCAUCCUGGCAGUGAUGGCAAGGUUCUCGACAUUGUCCACCCUUCGCUGUGGCCGCUUGUUUACGGGCGAUCUCUCAUCCUCCCAGACAAGCGCAUCAAUGUCGAAGAAGCGUUGUCGCAUUGCGGGAAAGGCGUUGUUAUCCCCGAGGACAACAGUGAUAACAGCAUGUGGCCUUCUAGUGCCUUUUCUAAAUGCUUCCAGUGGCUCCCUUGCGACGUUGACCUAACUGGCAAGCAUCCUCGUGUCGACAGCUACAUCAACAAUGUACACCCGGUCAAACAUGCCGAGCUCUAUCCCGUCAUCGAGAAAUUCAUCGAGAAAUCGCUCCCGGCUUGGGAUGUCAUCUAUCGAUGGCAUGACGACCUCGAAGUCCAACGUAUCUUCACCACGAAUGUCCGACCAGAUUGCAAAGUUCCAGAGAUCUGCGGAGAUGACUGGUGUUCAGCCCAAAAUCGUCCACUGGAUGAUGAUGAGCCGCCUCGUAGAGAGGAUGAGGACUACGAAGAAGAUUACGAGGAAUCUGAUCGCAAUAAACGCGACGAGGAAUGGUUCAGGGAGACCCAUGUUCCAGAACUUCCAGAGCCCAAGACUGAGUCGGAGGAGCUCGUCAAGAUCAACCCUAGCGACGUAAAGACCUCUGGCUUUUUUAACAACGCUUCUCGUGUGCAAGUCAUUGUCAAGCUUGCCAACAUCCAUCUUACACCCGAGAAGCCAACUUAUGACGGCGGUUCAUGGCAUGUCGAAGGCCAGUUGAAUGAGCACAUAUGCGCGACUGCACUCUACUACUAUGACUGCGAUAAUAUCACUGAUUCUCGCCUUGAUUUCCGCACACCUGCCAACAGAGAAGACCAAACUUUGGAACUGAAUUACGAGCAGGGAGAUUUCGACAGCAUCGAACGAGUAUUCGCUAUUGACACCGGCGCAGACUCACUCCAAAACAUCGGCAGCGUCCUCACACGUCAGGAUAGAAUGCUUUUCUUCCCCAACUUGUAUCAGCACCACGUCAGCCCUUUUGAACUGAUUGAUAAGUCUCGCCCCGGCCACCGAAAAAUUCUAGCCCUAUUUUUGGUCGACCCUCAUAUUCCUAUCAUUUCGACUGCCAAUGUUCCUCCCCAGCAGCGCGAUUGGUGGGCCGAGGUCUUGCUUAAGAAUGAUCGUUUCAAUAACUUGCCCCCUGAGUUGACGCGUAUGGUGGUGGAUAACUUGGAUUUCCCUAUUGGUCUGGAGGAUGCAAAGAAGAAUCGGGAGGAACUCAUGGCGGAGAGAACUAAUCUGCAGGAUACUCUUAACAGCGACCUCAAGAAUCUUGAGUGGAAUUUCUGCGAGCACUAA